CGAGCGACGCUUGAGUCUCCCGAUUUCACCAUGGCGGAAGAUGAGUAUGUGAACGCUUUCUUUCUUCUGCCUCAUCUGAGUCCAUCCUUCUUUCUCCGCAUACCAAAGAAGGUGAUCAAGCUCGUCCCCGAGUAUCUCCUGAAGAAGAGGAAAGCCUACCAGGCCAUCAAAGCCACGCAGGCCAAGCUUUCGCUGCUCGAGAAGAGGAAGGUGUCGAGAGGCAAGCCGCUGAAGUUCAAGCGUCUGGAGGACUUCCUGAAAGACAGCCACAGGAGGCACCGCGAUGACACGCGCAUCCAGAGGUCGGAGAACCGGCCGAGAGCCCCGCUGCCCCCCGCCAAGAGCAAGCUGGCCUUCGCCGUCCGCAUCAGACAGAUUAAAGGCGUCAGCCCCAAAGUGAUGAAGGUGGUCCAGAUGAUGAAGCUGAGGAAGAUCUUCAGCGGGGCCUUCGUCAGGAUCAACAAGACCUCCGUUGCCAUGAUGAAGAUGGUGGAGCCCUAUGUGGCCUGGGGAUUUCCCAACUUAAAGUCCGUCCGCGAGCUCAUUCUGAAGCGAGGUCAGACCAGGAUUGGCAAGAGGAGGGUCCCCCUCACGGACAACACCUUCAUUGAGCAGCACAUGGGUAAACAUGGCAUCAUCUGCCUUGAGGACCUCAUACACGAGAUCUACUCAGUCGGCGCGGGCUUCCGGGUCGCCAACAACUUCCUGUUGCCCUUCAGGUUGUCGGUGGCUCGCCACGCGGCCACGGACAAGGCCGGGCUCCUAAAGGACCUGGGAAAGCCCGGGUUUCGCAGCACGGACAUUAACACCAUCAUCCGGCAGCUGAACUGAGUGACUGGACGGACACUCCGGCCCCGGCUACGGGGACGCUUCAUUUCCAGAGGAGCGUAACGCCAACAACAAGUUACUUUUGUUUGUUUGGCAGAGAAGCUCAAGGUUUCACCCAGAGUCGUAUUUAACAUGUAUGUUUUAGUAGCAACCAUUGUUGUGGUUGCAUGAUGCGAGCAGAAGGACCUGAACUGGAGUCUCUUUGGCUUUAAGUUUAAAACAUAUAUUCUAAUUCCCAUGACUACGGACUGAUGGAAGCUGUUUGGUGACAAAUACUAUUUUGAAUCACUGGUGAGAUGAAAAAUAUUGUCUGUUAAAGGUAAACUUCCCUCCA